AUUGUUUUACUAUUGUAUUGUUGUUAAUUUUUUUUCUGUAAUAAUUUAAUUAAAAUGUCAAAAAUUGCUGAUGGUAACUACACUACAGUUAUUUACACAUUGAUUAAAGAAAAACAGUAUAAUGAUGUUAUUGAAAUCAUUAGCAACAUGUCCGAUAACAAUAGAAAUACGAGGCCUGGGUUAUCUUUAUUAGCCUACUGCUACUACUAUACAGAUGACUUCCAAAACGCAUCAACUAUAUAUGAACAGCUGGCCGCACUGUGGCCUCAGGAAACUGAUUAUAAGCUACAACAUGCUCAAUCACUUUACUCUGCUGGACAAUAUGAAGAUGCUCUAAGAGCAGCAAACGGAAUUACUACUAGUGGUUAUGAAAAUAAGGUUCGAAAACUAACUGCUGCAAUUAGAUAUGGUAUGGAAGACAUAGCAGGUGCCCGGUCUUUGUUGGAAACCAAUUCUGGGCUUAAUGAUGAUCCAGACACAGAUAUAAACUAUGGAUGCCUUCUCUACAAGGAGAGCCGGUAUGAAGAAGCAUUACAGAAAUUUUUAAAUGCACAAACAAUGCUUGGUUAUAGGCCCCAUUUGUCAUAUAGUGUAGCUCUGUGCUAUUAUAAGCUUAAGGAUUUCACCUCAUCACUGAAACAUAUAGGCGAUAUUAUCGAUAGAGGUAUUAGAGAACACCCUGAACUAGGAAUUGGCAUGACAACUGAAGGGAUUGAAGUUCGUAGCGUCGGUAACACUCUGACACUUCAUGAAUCAGCCUUGGUUGAAGCAUUCAAUUUGAAAGCCGCAAUCCAGUUUGAAAAGAAUGACAUUGAUAGUGCAAGGGAAGCAAUGACUGACAUGCCUCCAAGAUGGGAAGAAGAAUUGGACUCUGUUACAUUGCAUAACCAGGCAUUAUGUUCGGUGGACAUGUCGCCUACACAAGGGUUUCAUAAACUACAGUUCCUCAUGCAACAGUCAACUUAUCCACAAGAAACGUUACAAAAUCUAUUGAUUUUAUAUUGCAAACAUGGAUACCACGAUUUGGCUUCUGAAAUUAUAUCAACAUACUCACCAGUCAAGGACAAAUAUCUAUCAAACUACAUAAGGGAAUUUGUGGAUGCUGUUAUCGCACAACAGACUUCACCCGAUGAAGCAUAUCGUAAACUUGACAAUAUGGCAAAUAAAUUAGUUGAUUCUUUACGUAAGGCCACACGAUCCGUACAAGAGUCAAGAGAAGCCAGAGACGAUAAAAGAGCUAAGAGUGCUUUACUUGAUUAUGAAAACACUCUUGAAAAAUUUAUACCAGUCACAAUGGCCCAAGCAAAAAUCUACUGGGAUCUAGAAAACUACGCUCAAGCAGAAACUAUAUUUUAUAAGUCCGUUGAAUUUUGUAAUGAAAAUGAUACUUGGCGAUUACAUGUUGCUCAUGUUUUAUUUAUGCAAGAAAAAUUCAAAGAAGCAAUUGCGUUUUAUGAACCAAUUGUAAAAAAAAAUUUCAAUAAUAUUCUGUCAGUGAGUGCCAUUGUAUUAGCCAACCUAUGUGUGUCUCAUAUAAUGACUGCGCAGAACGAAGAAGCUGAAGAGUUAAUGAGAAAAAUUGAAAAGGAAGAAGAGCGACUAUAUUAUCAAGAGCCUGAAAAAAAAGUUUUUCACCUUUGUAUAGUCAAUCUUGUUAUUGGAUUUAUGAUUUUUAGAACCUUAUACUGCUCAAAAGGAAAUUAUGAAUUUGGGAUUUCAAGAGUUAUUAAAAGUUUAGAACCUUAUAAUAAAAAGCUGGGAAUGGACACGUGGUUUUAUGCUAAACGAUGUAUGUUGUCAUUGAUCGAAAACAUGACGAAACACAUAAUCGUCAUGAGGGAUUCGUUUUACAAUGAAUGUUUAGUGUUUCUUAAUCAAUGUGAAUUUCACGGCAAGGAGGUAGCGACAAUGCCCGAUGAAGAAGAAUCGACUGGCAAAAAAGAGUUGAACAAUGUGACCUGCGAGGCAAGGCUUUUGAAAUCACUCAUUCUUCGUCAAUUAGAGUAUUAAGAUGUUACUGCAUACUAGUAUUAUAUAUUUGAGGUGUAUAGGUACAGAUUAGUAUACUUAAUCAUUGUUAGGGUUGGAAUUUAUAAGCAUCGGCAUGUUUUUAUGCAACUUCUGAUUACUAUCUUUGUUUAUUAUGUUCACAAAUUAUUUCAUAUUGGAGCAAAUGGUGAUUAUUUUAAUUUGCUCUCUGUUAAAAAUGUCUCUGCCUCUUUUGAAUAAAAUACUUAAUAUUAUUGCAUUUUUCAAUUAUAAGAUAAAACACUCGUAAAUCGACGUCUUAUGGUAUAUUUUAGCGGUAAUGGCCGGAGAGAGAAGAAAAUAGAAUAUUAUUCAUCUAAAAAAUACCUGAAUAUUUAAUUUACUGGGUAGUAAAUAAGUAUAGUAAUAUUUAAUUCAUACCUUAUGUUAAUUUAUGUAUAUAUUCACAACUGCAACAGUAGAUUAGGUUUAAUAUUUAUAAAAUUAUUCUAAAACUACACUACCUAUAGAAAAAUUAGUAUGCGUUUUAACACACCAAGUCGUGGUCAUAAAUUGUGAGUGCAUUAAGUGUUGUUUGUGAUUCAAACUUCGACGAUAUGUCAAAUUUGUUGAUACCGUUUUUAAGGCCGAUGAAAAACACUAUUUUAGUUUUUGUGACCAAGCAUUUGUACUAAACAGUCAUAAUUUUUUUUUUUAAUUUCAGUUGCAUAUUUUACCACUUUUUAUUGCAUAUAAAUCCUAACCCUAAUUAGU